UUGGGUUAGUGAGCCCGCGGACUGGCCAAUGACGGUCGCCCUUUCACCUGACUCGAGGCAUCCACCUGGGCCGCAGCAUCAGGCUAAAUCUCGCACCAGCACCAAACCCGUUUCGUUUUCCGAAUCAUCGCUGAGAUCUCUACCAAUCUAUUUAUGGCCUCCAAACUCACGUCUUCGCUUUUUCGCUCCUCCCAUUUCACCGCUCGCGCUUUCGCACCCUCUGCCUCCGUCUCCCGAGCGCAGAUCAAGUACACUUCUUCUAUCAGUCCCAUCUCCAUCUCUCGUCGCAACAUGGUUUCCGCCGUCUCUACCUCCGAUGUCCGUCACUUGAUGACCAUCGCCGACCUCACUCCCAAGGAGCUCACCUUCCUCAUCGACAGAUCAGCAGCGAUCAAGGCCGCUACCAAGGCCGGCGAGAUCCCCGAGGCCACCGCCCUCAAGGGCAAGACCGUCGCUGUCAUGUUCUCCAAGCGUUCCACCCGAACCCGUAUCUCUACCGAGGGUGCCGUAACUCACUUCGGCGGACACGCCAUGUUCUUGGGUAAGGACGACAUCCAGCUCGGCGUUAACGAGUCCCUCUACGACACCUCCCGUGUCAUCUCCUCGAUGGUCUCCUGUAUCGUCGCCCGUGUCAACGGUCACUCCGAUGUCGCCAACUUGGCCAAGGACUCCUCCGUCCCCGUCAUCAACGCUCUCUCUGAUGCCUUCCACCCUCUCCAGGCCCUCGCAGAUAUCCUUACCAUCAAGGAGUCUUUCCCUGAUAGACCCCUCAACACCUUGAAGCUCGCUUGGGUUGGUGACGCUAACAACGUCUUGCACGACCUCAUGUUCGCAUGCGCCAAGGUCGGAAUCAAGGUUUCUAUCGCCACCCCCAAGGAGUUCCCAGUAAGCGAGGACAUGCUCGAGAUCGCCCGUGCCGCCGCCGACGAGCACGAGGGCUGCGUCAUCGAAACCACCCACGUCCCAGAAGAGGCCGUCAAGGGCGCAGAUAUCAUCGUCACCGACACGUGGAUCUCCAUGGGUCAGGAAUCAGAGAAGCUCACCAAGUUGAAGCAGUUCGCUGGUUACCAGGUCACUAAUGAGCUCGCCGAGCGUGGUGGCGCCAACGCCGACUGGAAGUUCAUGCACUGUCUUCCCAGGCAUCAGGAGGAGGUCUCUGAUGAGGUCUUCUACUCCCCCAGAUCCGUGGUGUUCGAGGAGGCCGAGAACAGACUGUGGACCAUGAUCGCCGCCAUGGAGACCUUUGUCAUCAAGAAGGGCAAAUUUGAGUAAGGUGCUUUCUGGGUUCGCAAGAAGUUGAUGUGUCUGAUUAUUUGUACGGCGUUUUUUUCUGAUGCGUGAUAUCCGCAUAUGCAUUUUCAAUCGAAUCUGAGGCAGCUGGUCAUGGCCGACGAUGCUCAAGUGCACACGGACCCGAAGUGCCCUGAUGUUGUUUGGGGAUAGACAUAAGCCGCAAGCAUAUACUACCUGCUGGCUUCAGGGAAAAGGGAUUAGGAUAGUAUAGAUUACAAGGUAAUAAAUUAUGAUUAACCUCCAGUCA